AUGCUUCAGGUUGGACCGGUUGAGGUAAUUGCGAAACCAAAAUACGAACCUCCGGUAUCGUCGAAGCCAAGAGCAGCGCCGAAAACCGACACCGUCCAGCCCCUAACCAAAGAGGAAAAGGAAGCUACCAUUGAAGAUAGCGAAGAGAACGAUGACGAAGAUAGAGACGACGAAGAUGAUGGCUCCGAUGAUGAUGAGGCGGAGAAUGACGAAUCCGCCGAAUCUAGUACACAAGAAGAGGCUCCGUUCGCCGUGGCCACCGAUUCGAAGAAUGAUACAAGCAAGAGGAAGAGGAAGACCCGGGACGAAAACGACGAUCUAGAGAGCCGCUACUUCGACAAGCUUGAGAAGGAGAUUGGAGGCCCUGUGGAGAAAAAGGCCAGGCAUGAUGCUUCUGAGGCCGUGGACUCCGACGAGGUGAUGGCUGACAGUCUGACCGGCGGCGAGGAAAUCGACGACGCUGACCAGCCUAUCAUCCACGAAUCUCUUUUGAACGCCGCUAGUGGUGGCGCAGAAGAUGGUUCUACAAAUGGCCAAAUAGACGAGCAAAACAAGGCCAAGGCGGAUCGCACAGUUUUCCUUUCCAAUGUCAGCAUCAGCGCCGUCACCAAUAAAACGGCCAAGAAGACUCUUAUAUCACACCUUGAGUCUAUCCUGGACGACAAGGCAGCCAAAGACAAAGAGUCAAAGGAGACUAGGGAUGGUGAGGACGACAAGGAGAAGAAGCCCACGGUGGAGAGCUUGCGGUUCCGGUCCGUUCCCUUCUCGUCAGCAGCGCUGCCGAAGCGGGCGUCCUUCAUCACCAAGUCUGUCAUGGGCGCCACCGCGCAAUCUUGCAAUGCAUAUGUCGUAUACUCGACUGCCACCGCCGCACGUACUGCUGUGCGCAAGCUCAACGGCACUGUUGUGCUCGACCGCCACUUGCGUGUCGAUAGCGUGGCCCAUCCUGCGCCGGUCGACCACAAGCGAUGCGUGUUUGUUGGAAACCUGGGCUUUGUUGACGACGAGACGGUCUUGAGCGCCAACCCCGACACUGAUGGCGACGGCGGCGAAAUGACACGCAAGAAGCGCAACAAGACACCUAUGGAUAUCGACGAGGGUCUGUGGCGUACAUUUGGCAAGCACGCCGGUAAGGUCGAGAGCGUGCGCGUAGUCCGCGAUCAGGUUACGCGCGUAGGCAAGGGUUUUGCCUACGUCCAGUUCUACGAUGCAACGAGUGUUGAGGCUGCACUUCUCCUGAACGAUAAAAAGUACCCGCCCUUGUUGCCGCGCACAUUGCGUGUCAGCCGCUGCAAGGCACCAUACAAGACCGCGCGCGCCAUUGAGCGUGCCCAGCGCAAGGUCAACGGCAAGCCCGAGGCAGUCGGCACGCGGGACGGCCGUGGGCGUAACAGCACCACAGGCUACACACCCAAGCUAACGGCGGAACAGCAAACGUCAGCUGGGCGUGCGGCGAAGCUGCUGGGAAAGUCUGCGGCCACGGCACCUCUCGGCGCCGCUGGCCCUGAUGGCAAACCGAUGGUAUUUGAGGGCAUGCGCGCCCGCGUUGGUGGCGUCAACCUUUUUAAAAAGAGCAAAGGUGGCAAGAAAGGCAGUGGCUCUCGCAAUGGCCCUCCAGGCAGUGAUGUCUCGCGGAAGCAGGUGCGACAGGCAGGCCGUGCUGCUAACUGGAGGGCAAAGAAGGGCGGCAACGCAUAA